AUGAAUGCAUUCAAGAGCAAGUCGUUGUACAAACAGUUAAGAAUACACAUCAAUGACCCGGACAAUGGCCUGCGAACAAAGAUGGAUCACUGGCGUGACGCAUCAUCAAUCAUUCGUCACAAACAUUGGGGUCUGCUACGCUACCGCAUGCAACAAGGACAUCCCCUAAACUUCACCUUUGACUCAGCAUUUGACGUCUGCGCCGCCAAGGACAUUGAUAGGGACACAUUCAUGGCCGUCUACACUCGCUAUCAAUCAUUCUUUAUAAAGACAGAGGCAUAUGCUGAGGCGAUCAAAAGUGAUAACAUGAUUGUUGUGCAAACCCUGUUGCACCAGACUGUUCCUGUAACCUUUGACAGGGACCCUCAGCGACUGGAGGAUGCCGCACUAUCAUGUGAUAAAACAUUCAAGAUGCUCAAGUACCUUAUGGACUCGGGAUUGUUUGACAAUAGCGUGCUCUGGACACGCAACUACUCUUGGUACUGGGUGUUCAGUGCAUCUCCCUCGGCAAUCCGAUUUAUCCUGGAUCCCGCCAACUUUCCACAAGUACUCAUCGACAAGAUCAAAGCCCGUGCACCACAUCACCCGGAUCUCUUGAUUGCCCAAGGUGAUCAGCAAUUGAUCGAUAAACUCCUCUUCAAGGAUGGCAAGAAACUGUUUUGGGCGCAAGUCUCGAGUGAUUGGAUGCACCCACAAAGUGUCACACCAGCUGAUCAACUGGCGCACUUUGAACGAAUCAUUCCCGAGGAUGAGGAAUUGAAUGAUCAGGCAAGGAUGAUACUUGAAUCCUUCAAUGAUGCGUGGAAGAUGUAUGUGUGUCCGGGCACACAACAUGUGGACAUUGGACCUGAUCAACGAUUGGUCUUCAUCAAAUUGAGCGAGAUCCUUAUCGAUUGGUCGCAACACUUUGACAAGCUUGGCGAGUACAUCAUGCGCGAAUACAUCAAGACUGGAGACUGUGCUAUGCUCCAAUACUUCUUCAUCCACCGACGACAAUGGGCAAGAACUUCCACCAUACAAAGUGACACUGCAAAGUUGAUUGAAAUGGUCAUCAAGCAUGGCACCAUCAAGCAGGUCGUUUCCAUUUUUUGCUCGCAUUUUAAACAUCGUGGAGAACACUGA